AUGGACUUCAGCGAUAUAGCGAAUGUCACCGUCGGCAACCAUACACUCGUUGGAUGGGUUGACGGUCCGGACCGGCGUGGGACGCUGUCAAUCUUGAUAUCAUGUCUCACGACACUAUUGCUAUGCACAUGGUCUGCCAUGCAUCUCAAUGUCCCCAAAAGGCAUGUGAAUGAAGUCUCAUACAUCAAGACCCAAGUGUUCUGGAGUCUGGUGGGGAUAUUCGGGCCGGAACUUGCAAUCUGGUGUGCGUGGAGGCAGUACAUGUCGGCAAAGGCAUUGCGGGAUCAGAUCAAAGCAGCUCUGCUUAAUUCGGGCAAGCACAGCAGUUACCACGAAGAAUGGACACUGACGCACGGCUUCUACGCGAGUAUGGGAGGGUUUGUCGUCGAUCUGGAUUCUCACGACAUGUCCGACAAACCAAAGUUCCUCAGAAACUCAACACGGCUCACACUCACUCCCAAAGGCAUCCUACUUCUGGCUCGUUGCGGAUACCUACCCUCGAUAAGACGCGAGGAAAUUGAAGAUAAAAGUAAGACUGAUGGUCUGGGCAAGUUCCUCGCCUGUGGCCAAGCUCUCUGGAUGACGGCACAAGUCAUCGCUCGACUAGCCAACAACCUCCCAAUCACACUACUCGAAGUGACCACCCUAGGUCACGUCCUCUGUGCCCUAAUCCUGUACAGCUUCUGGUGGUACAAGCCACGCUGGAUCGCGGAACCGACUCGCUUGGACGGAGACUGGAUCCCCAUGAUAUGCGCCUUCAUGUGCAUGGCCUCGAAGCUAGGCGACGACCUCACGAUCGGCGAGAGCGAUUUCCAAGAACGCUUCGCAGUCGACACAGCAGAAAUCUCACGUCUGCGAUAUGUCUUCCAGGAGACGCAGGAGGAGUAUCCCGAUCAAAUCUCUACAAACAUCGGCGAUGCCCAAUCCUAUGACUUCGCGCCACACCCUCGCCCUCAACGAGCACGCACAGGCAGCAGCGGCAGCUUCGUAACCCGCCCGGGCACAAACUCCCACAGCAAAGAAACAACCAGCAGCAGCAUCGUAAUCGACAUCACCCCCCUUCCCUCAACAAAUCCCACAAUCGACCCCGUAACACUGACCAGACACGACCUCGCCAGCCAAGCCAUCACCACCUAUCCCGCAAUCCGCAAACUCAUGCAAUACCCCGUCCCCGCACACGCCCAGAAACACGCCCAGGCCAUCCAGCUAUACCCCGAGAUGCCGCCCAAGGUCAAGAACGCCAUCGCAGGCUGGCAGCCCGCGUCGAGGACGUGGCUGGAAUGCCAGACCGAGCAUCUCGUCUGCACGACGGCAAGCAAUUGGCCGUCGGAGGGUCUGCUGCGGCCGACUGGCGGGCUGGCGACGGGGGCAGCGCUGUGGUUCUCGAGCAUCGCGUUUGCCGCGAUCCAUAUCGCGGCGUGGCACGAUGCGUUUCCGUCGGUGGUCGAGGCGUGGCUGUGGCGGGCGUCGGCGGUGUAUCUCUGCUUUUCGGGCUGUUUGUGGUGUUUGAUUCAUGUGCUUGCGGAUGUGUCGGCGGGGUUGUGGUGGCUUUGGUAUGAUCUGUUGACGGGUGGCGGACCGAAGUUGUUGAGGAGUUUGCUGUUUGCGGUUUGUAGUGUUUGUGGCGUGGCGUAUGUGUUUGCAAGGUUGUUUCUGAUUGUUGAUUCUUUCGUGAGUCUGCGCUCGCUGCCAGCGGCUGCGUUUAUUGUUCCACAAUGGGCGGUGAAUGUCCCGCAUGUGUAA